CAAUCCAUCAUACGUAUGCAUCUUCGGAUUUAUUGCAUACUGUGUAACGAAGAGAAAAGAGGAGACGGCUUCAUUGCAUUGGGAAGAGGCUGGAUUACGUGAUUUUGCAACACAUGAAAAAAUAGGGAUCGAACCCGAUUCCUUAAUACUCGUCUCUAGUCUGUCGACAUCAAGGGGAGAUCACAUAAUCCAACAAAAUGGACGAAUUACUAUUCCAGGAAUAUCUCCGGGGUUCCGAAUCCAUUCCAGAAGCCAUGAGCUACCUAGAGAUCUUGAAUUACUCGGGAUCUACGAGGAUGGAGUUGCUUGCUAACCUAGGGUUCAGCACACACCAUCAAGCACUGAACGCGCACACGUUUGAUCCAACGGUCAUUUCUUUCAGCAAGGAAGCGUACGAAUCGCUCGUACGGGAAAUGAAUUUACCAUACCGUGCGAUAGAAACUUCAACGGUUGUUGGUCCAUUCUUUUGGUGGACAAUUGUCGAAAAAGCAGAUGGUGCAUAUCUUCAAUUCAUAUUCCGCAAAUCCGACGCUCGGUGGAAGGGAAACUCAAGAGGCUGGGAAAUGAUACUCUCCUAUUCAUUCAACACGCGGAUCACCUCGGGUUACCUCAAGGGAACAGAUUCAGUCGAGAUUGAAACCAUUCUGAGGCGCCUGAAGGCGUGCGCCCAACCAACAUCUCACGCCUUGCUAUUACCCAUUCUCGUCCUAGGCCACGAGAUGUCUGCCAAAAACGACAACACUCAGAGAAAGAUCCGCGAGCAGAUUCGCCGACUGGAAGACGUGCUUAGCGGACGGUACAAAGUGGAAGCCGCCGCUGGCUAUGCUUCUGACCAGGAUCUCACCCUUGAUGCGAUCAAUCAUGAUAUGGUUGAAUCUCAUUCACAGGCGAUGUGGAAGCGGCCACAAGCGUGGCAGAAUGUUGUGACAAGAUUAAGCAAAGCGACAGAUUAUUACUGGGAGCAACUGCCAGAGGAAGAAAAGACGCCAGAAUUGGAAGGUUUGCACAAAGUAUUGCUGAGUCGACUGGAUUUCGUUACGGCCAAGCUGGAAGGCCUGAAACAUUAUGCCGAUGUAUCUCUGGAACGACUCAAGCUUCAAAGAGAGGUGAUGCACGGCAUCAUAAACCAAAGAGAGUCCAGGCUCAGCGCUGCCAUCGCAAUGGAGCAACAUCGCUUGGCUGGCGCGAGCAGACGAGACAGUGUAUCCAUGAAAACGCUAACCCUGAUGGGCUCGAUAUUCCUGCCUGGCACAUUCCUGUCCUCAAUUUUCAGCAUGACCUUCUUCGACUUCGGAAAUGAUGGGCGACGCCGUAUCCCCCAUCUGUGGAUUUACUUCGUCAUCGCAGUCCCUCUGACGGCGCUUAUCGUGGGCGCUUGGUGGAUGUAUGACAAGCGCCCAGAUAAUGGGGUCGACGAGGAUGUCAACGAGGCCGAGAAAUACUUGGACAGACUUGAGGCUCAAAUCAUGGAAGGUAUUCGGACCAAGACAGGGGCCAGGGUGAGGACUGGACUUGUUGAUAAUUCUCACAUUAGACGAUCGAUCAACGUGUGAUGAAUUGAGACUCAGGUUUCGGAUGCAAUGCUCCUUCAGAGCAUUUUACUUGACGCUACUGUGAUAGGAAACAAAAUCUCGUUCCACCCCUCAAAACUUUGAUCGUUGUUAUUGUUAUCAACGUUAUAUAACUACUCCACGUCAUCCCAACUUGCUCCCUAAUGUAGCUACGAUUUCCACAUUAAUGAAAC